AUGGCUACGCUAGCUUGCCCUAAGGCGUCUAUCGCCUUCGUUGCUCGCACCAAUGCCGCUUCUCGACCAGCGGCAUCUGCGGCGGUUUCUGCGGCUCCCGUGAGCAGCAGAAGCGCUCGCCUUGCCGGAUCCCUCUCCGUUUCCGCCGCCGCCGCUGCCGCCGCGUGCUCCGGCAAAGAGCUCUUCUCCACUCCUGUAGUCCACUCACGCGGGAAUCACGGAGCAAGCCGCGCCGUGUCUCGCGGGGCUGUUCGUGUGGACGCCAGCGUGGCGCGGCGCAAGGUGCUGAUCGUCAACACUAACGGCGGAGGCCACGCGGUGAUUGGCUUCGCGCUGGCCCGUCAGUUGGCGACGGCCGGCCACUCGGUGACGAUCAUGACCGUUGGCGACCGCAACUCCGAUAAGAUGAAGAAGCCGCCCUUCUCGCGCUUCUCGGAGCUCCGCGCGGAGGGCGUGCGCACGGAGUGGGGCGACCCGGCGCGGCUGUCCACCGUGUUCGGCGCGACGGGGGGAUUCGACGUGGUGCUGGACAACAACGGCAAGGACCUCGACACCGUCAAGCCCGUGGCGGACUGGGCGAGCGCGGCGGGCGUGCGGCAGUUCCUGUUCAUCAGCAGCGCGGGCAUCUACACGCCCUCCUCCGAGCCCCCGCACGUCGAAGGGGACGCGGUGAAGGAGAGCUCGGGGCACGCGCAGGUGGAGAAGUACCUGGCGGGCAAGGCGUGGGGAGACGGGUGGGCUGCGUUCCGCCCGCAGUACAUCACAGGGUCGGGCAACAACAAGGACUGCGAGGAGUGGUUCUUCGACCGCAUCGUGAGGGGGCGGCCAGUGCCCAUCCCAUCGCCGGGCAUUCAGCUGACGGUGGUGGCGCAUGUGGAUGACAUCGCGCGCAUGAUUGCCCUCGCCAUUGACUACCCGCAGGUCCGCCCGCCACCCUCACCUCAGGACGCCAAGGGUCAGAUCUUCAAUGCGGUGGGCGGCAGAGCGGUGACAUUCGACGGGCUGGCUCGCAUGUGCGCCAACGCUGCUGGCCGCGCCUCAUCGCUCAAGAUCGUGCAUUAUGACCCCAAGGCCGCUGGGGUCGAUGCCAAGAAGGCUUUCCCUUUCCGGAACAUGCACUUCUACUCGGAGCCCCGUAACGCACGGGAGAGGCUGGGCUUUAAGAGCUUUACGGACCUGCAGACUGUUCUGAACCAGCGGUACAUUGACUAUGUGGCGGCAGGGAGGGACAAGAAGGACGCCAAGUUUGAGGUGGAUGAUAAGAUCCUAGCUUCAGCCAAGGCGCUCUACAAUGUGGGCUUCUGGGUGCGCGAGACGGGGCAAGCGCUCGACCGACUCGGGUGCCGACUGCAGGGCAAAUACGCCUUCCACGAAGAGCUGUCGCGGCAUCGCACCAUCAUGAAUCUUUUUGACAAGCUGCCCGAGGUGCCCGCAAACGCCUUCGUGGCGCCGAGCGCGGCUGUGAUUGGCGACGUGCAGAUCGGGCAGCGAUCGUCUGUGUGGUACAACGCCAUUCUUAGAGGCGACGUGAACAGCAUCCGCGUGGGCACAGACACGAACAUUCAGGACGGCUGCAUCGUGCACGUGGCAAAGACCAACCUCGCUGGCAAGAUCCUGCCCACCAUCAUUGGCUCGCGCGUCACUGUCGGUCACAACGCGAUACUGCAUGCAUGCACAGUGGAGGACGAGGCGUUUGUGGGCAUCGGAGCGACGCUGCUGGAUGGGGUGGUGGUGGAGUCGGGCGCCAUGGUGGCUGCCGGCGCACUCGUCGUGCAGAACACACGCAUUCCAUCAGGGCAGAUCUGGGCAGGGUCGCCUGCCAAGUUCUUCCGCACGCUGACGGCAGCCGAGAGGGCAUUCAUCGCCAAGUCAGCAGAGAGCUAUGCCAGCCUGGCAGAGGUACACGCCAAGGAAAACGCCAAGAGCUUUGAGGAGGUGGAGGCGGAUAAGAAGCAGAGGGAGGGGUGGGCCAACUACAGUGAAGACUUCGUUUCUAGUGUGGGCGCUGUUGUGGAUAAGCCGCCUGUUCCUGGUCCAGUCAAGCUGGCUUAG